UGUCAAAGAGCCCGCUCUGAGAUGCCACGAGCCCUGCCGUCAAGUCUUUCACACUCAAGGGCCCAGAUCCCCCAUCGACCUUUCGUUUCCCACUGCCUAACUGCAGGCACGCCCAUGCUGCGGCAUUACGACAUCAGAACGCCCAUCUCACACCCCCCGGCCGUAGAGAUAUUUCUCUACCCUACGUGAGCCUCGCGCCGCCCACAUCACUGCUGUCGCCCCGGGUGUCUCUACGAACCGCCCACACGAGGCAUUGGGGAUUUGAUCACCCCAAGCCUCGACGCGCAGAGGCUUUUGCGCUUUUCAAGAGGAAGAGAAUAAUUAUCGAGGGACCAACUCUAGACUAGCUCCCUAUAUCCUCAGAAAGGGACAAUUUGCGUACGACGCCAGCCAUUAUGGACUCGAACAAUGCUGGAGGCUCCGGCUCGAGCAACUCCAGCGAUUUUGUUCGCAAGCUGUACAAGAUGCUGGAGAACCCUAGCGACGAAAGCGUUGUGAGAUGGGGAAACGAUGGUGACAGCUUCGUGGUGCUGGAAAACGAAAAGUUCACUAAGCACAUCCUUCCCAAGCAUUUCAAGCACAGUAAUUUCGCAAGUUUUGUGCGCCAGUUGAACAAAUAUGACUUCCACAAAGUGCGACAUAACAACGAGGAGAAUGGUCAAUCGCAGUACGGACCUGGCGCAUGGGAGUUCAAACACCCCGACUUCAAGAUGAACAACAAGGACGCGCUCGACAACAUUCGCAGGAAGGCUCCUGCGCCUCGCAAACCCAACCAGACGAACGCCGAUGAGAUCGGCAUGCCUUCGCAGCAGAUGGACAUGGUCAGCGGGCAGUUGAUGGCGACACAAGCGCAGCUGCAUACCCUGGAGCAACGUUACAACGAGCUCAGCAUCCAUCACUCGAUGCUGUUGCAGGAGGUCAUUGGCCUUCAGAAGACAGUCGUGAACCACGAGCAUGUCAUGCAAAAUGUGAUGACAUUCUUGCACGGCGUUGAUUCUCAGCAGCGCAGAAACAGCAAGUUGUUGUUCAACGGUGCAGCAGGCCAAAAUGGCAAUGCUGAACCUCCUGCGCAAGCCAACGACGAUGAUCACCCGGCGUCGCCCUUGCAGCACGCCUCCAAACUGCUGAGCGAGACAAAUGCCGAUGUUAUGUUGAAUCCGAGGAACCUGGAGCACAUGAACGAGAUCACUUUGAGGAUGAACGGUACCUUAACCACACCACCUCCAGACGUACUACGUGCCGGCCCUAGACCCACCAGUCGCGGACCACCUUCGGCCACGUCGACAGGUUCAAUGCGGCUCGACAACCUCGACAACCUUGUCUAUCCCGUCGGUCAGAAUAAUGGCAUCGACCCAAUGUUUAGCGAGCACAUUAACAAUAUACCGUACGCGAUGCCACCGAAGGCGCCGGAAGCUAGUGAAAAGCCUGUGGAAGUUAGAAAGAAGGGGCAAUUCGCAGACCCCGGUUGGAUACGCCCGCCACAGAUUUUGCUUGUCGAAGACGACCCAACGUGUCGCCGCAUUGGAAGCAAGUUCUUGUACGCUUUUCACUGUGCCAUUGACAGUGCACUUGAUGGACUGGAAGCUGUCAACAAGAUGAACGCUGGAUCUAAGUACGAUCUUGUGCUUAUGGACAUCAUCAUGCCAAAUCUCGACGGUGUCUCGGCCUGCCAUCUGAUUCGACAAUUCGACACGACGCCGAUAAUUGCCAUGACAUCUAACAUAAGGAGUGACGAUAUCUCGAUGUACUUCCAGCACGGCAUGAACGAUGUGCUGCCAAAGCCAUUCACGAAAGAGGGCUUACUCCAUAUGCUGGAGAAGCACCUCGUCCAUCUCAAGAAGCCAUCACCGCACGGCGACGCGAUGCCCGCCCCUCAACCCGUUUCGGUACCUAGACAACUUAUGUUGAAGGAAGAAGAUUCCCCGGCCAAGUCACCCGCGACCGUCAGCAACUGGAACUCACCGAACCAGCUUCCCGGCGUCUCACCCGUUGGCAGCAACAUGCCCGAUGAAUAUGCUCAGGGCCUGCAGGUUCAGCAGCCACACCACCCUGGUUCCUACGGUGUCAACCCCAUGCAACCAGGCAUGAGUUACAAUACCUCGCCCCAAAUAUCGAUGCAGGCGAGACAGCAGCAACAACAACAGCAGCAGCUUCCUCCAGGUGGUCAUCGGAGACAAAUUUCUGAUAUCUCAGGAGGAGACGACAUGAACAAUCCAGCAAAGCGACAACAUAUGUUCCCACCGCAAAUACCAGCACAGAUCAACCCCAUGCAACCGAGACCGCGCUGAUUGUGUUGGACAGACGGCCUUGAAGAGCACUUGUAACUGAUAACUCCGUACUUCUGGAGGCAUUACUGCUCCGCAUGCGAAGCGUUCUCUGGCGGGCUGGUAGUCGAUCCAGAAUGUGCGAUAUGAAAGGAUGGAGAAGAGAGUCACAUCCGAUCCCGAACGCUCUGUGUUGGAAUGUUGGAAUACAUGCCAACCGCUCAGAGGUUUGGAAGGAACCUCGCAAUAUAGGAGUUGUAAUUGAUUCAUGGUUCGGGGAGGAGUUAAGGGACUGGGCAUCGUCAGGUUGGCGGUCCAGGUGUAAUUAUAGCAUGUUCCAGGCUCCAUAGGACGUGGACUUGGAUCAGUCUGAAGCUCAGGACUAGAAGAAAGAUAUCAUCGAACGACCAAAUCUCAAAGCAUACUAUUCAAUCGCAG